AUUCACACGCUCGUAACUUUCCCCAGAUUUAAUCGGCGAGGAACGCUUUCACAGCCAAAUGGAUUCAUCCAAGCCCGUCAAACCAUGAAAUUUUCGUUGUGCUGUACGUUAGGCCUAUAUAUGUGUUACUAAUUCAAGGCCAAGAAUUUUUUGGAACGAUAUGCAAUCCUACAAGCUUACCAAGACUGGACGAUGAACUGGAACCGCCUGACUCUCGCUUCUGUCUUCCAAGGCCUAGAACAUCCUGCAACAUAAUUUAUAACUGUUUUACACGAUUUUACAAAUGACGGCGAGCCCACACGGGCCUUGCUCAUAACAUAUCGGACCGUGGCAAAAAUUAUGAAAAAGGGAUAUCAUCGAGGGGAAUUGUUUGAUAUUUGCAAUGGAAUAUAGUUGAUUCUUUAACAUAAAAAGCUUGUCUAUCGAGACAAAAUGUCAUAGCUUGAGACAAAAAUUACAAAAUGCCAUCGCGUGUCCAACCAAAGCGUUCUGCAGCACUGAAGAAUAAACGCCCUAGACCAGAAUCAUUAGAUGAAACCGUGUCCGAAGAAGAAUUUGAACCCAACCUCAUGAAGCCAAGAGUCGGUAAUACCAAGAAGCGGCCUACAAAGAAAUCACGGCUUGCAAGUUUGAAAGAUUCCGCUAAAAAAUCAUCAAUUUCUGAAGACGGGUGUAAUAAGUGCCGUGAAAACAACAACAGUGCAGUGAUUCUGAGCGAAAGGUACAAAGCAGUUGAAAAGGAAAUGGACAAAUUGUUUAACUUUCUCCCUCGGAAAUGCCCCCCUCCGAUUGCUGGGUUGUCUGGUAAGUUUGGCUGUGGAAGAAACAUCAUGGAGUUUCUCUGCCAGAGACAGAUGAAGGCUUGUCCUGCUGUCUGUUCACAGGACACGUCACAGCCUCUCGUCAACCUCGUCUCCAACCUUCAACUCUACCGAACGGCCAGCCCCUUUGAUCGUCGUGUCACAUCCAUGGCAUGGCAUCCUAAACAACCAAACAUCCUUGCGGCUGGGUCAAAAGGUGGUGACAUCAUCAUUUGGGACACGGACCAAAUUGACAAUGAGAUGCUCAUCCAGGGAAAAGGAGCAGGAGGCUCGAUACAAGCCAUGAAAUUCUGGCCGAACAAUGCGAAUCGGAUUCUUACAUCCUCAAUAGAUGGCACUGUCAAACUCCAUGAUGUAACCCGAAAGAAAGCGAUGGUUUUAAGCGACACCUUUAAUUGUCAUGACUUCUGGUAUUGUUGUGUGGACAUAAAUCCAAGUAGAAGGAUGGUUGUGACCGGAGACAAUGUCGGGACGUUGAAAUUAAUAACACCAAAUGGGAAUGAGAUCGUGGCUUCGAGGCUUCACAAAAACAAGAUCACACAUGCUGAAUUCCAUCCUCGGGAAGAUUGGCUGCUCUGUACGGCGUCGACCGACUCCACCGUUAAAUUAUGGGAUGUACGCAAGUUACGAGACAAGAAGGAUUGCUUGGAGACACUGAAACAUGAGAAACCGGUAAACUCUGCUUAUUUCAGUCCAAGUGAUGGCUGUCGUCUGCUGACCACCGACCAGCGCAACGAGCUGCGGGUUUACCGAGCUCCCUUUUGGCAGCUGGAAACUAUGAUACUUCAUCCUCAUCGCUUCUUCCAGCACAUGACACCAAUCAAGGCCAACUGGCAUCCUCAUCAAGACCUGAUAGUUGUUGGCAGAUACCCUGACCCCAAGUUCCCAGGUUAUGCCCCCUGUGAACUGAGAAGCACAGACGUCUUCCGGGCUGAUACUGGGAAGAAGGUCGUUGAGUUGUACGAUCCUGCAGCUGUUGGAAUAAAAUCACUCCAUAAGUUUAAUAUUUUGGGGGAUCGUCUUGCAGUUGGUAUGGGAUUCAACAUCUUACUGUGGACAAGAAAGGAACAUGCAGCAGAGAAACAGGAAGAGAUGCUGCAGAAGUUCAAGAAGGAGUUUGGAGGUCAAGGUCGUUCAUUAGGGUCAAGGCCACAGCCAAGACGGAGGACGAGGAAGGAUGAAGAUGAUGUUGAGAAGUUAAAGAAGAAACUGACGAAGAUUAAGGAGAAGAAGGAGAAAAAGUAGAUGAUUGCUCAAGUUGUACUCAAGUUGUGUGUUGUUAACUUUGCAUGUGAUGAGGGCCUUGGCAGCCCACCUUAUCUACCUCAAAGGAAAAUGAGCUCAUCUGGGUUUGCAAGGGUUGAAGACAUUGUAUGUUCCUCAAGUAGGUACUUGUCACUUCUGAAAAAUAAUAGGGAAAAUUAAAAAAUUUCCUCAAAAUCUUUUUUCCUCAGGAAAACGAUUGUGUAUUGUCAUAAAUGUGUGAGGUCAUAUACGUUUUUAAGCUGUCACACCUGAGUAAAACAUCGGAUAAGGUGAUGUUACUGAUGGUUUUCUUAUUGAGUUACCAUGGUUACUAUAAUUUAGACAAGAUGAAUGUGCCAGAGUGCAGAGGGAGGGAGUCAGAAAAUAGGUGGUGGGCUGUGGACCGUCCCCUAAGUUUAGCAUUUAUGUUCCGUGAUAUUGCACAGUCCUGUUCAAAGCAGUGUAGUCUUGAGAGAUAGAUCUGAAUAUCUUGCAAGUCUCGCAUGUGACCACAUUUAUAUUAUCUAUGAUAUAACACAUUCCUGUCCUAAGCAUGACCAUUGGAGAUAGAAGUGAAUAUAACUUGUAAGUCUUGCAUGAAACCACAUUUAUAUGAUCUAUGAUAUAACACAUUCCUGUCCGAAGCAUGACCAUUGGAGAUAGAAGUGAAUAUAACUUGUAAGUCUUGCAUGAAACCACAUUUAUAUGAUCUAUGAUAUAUCACAUUCCUGUCCUAAGCAUGACCAUUGGAGAUAGAAGUGAAUAUCUUGGAAGUCUUGCAUGAAACAGCAUUUAUAUUUUCUUGGAUUAUAUGUUUCUGUUAAAAGGUGGUGUGCCUCGAGAUAUUGCCUGGCAGGUAGGCCUACUUAUAAUGGCCAUUAGGCCCUGUUUAUAACAGGUGCUGCUGCAGAUGGAAAUUCAAAAACUGCUGCAAUCUCCUCAGUGAUCUCCUCACUCUAAGAAAGACGUCAUCAUACUGCCGAAAUAUGACAUACAACAGCAUUGGUCAUCAGAACAGGUGCCUAGUUGAGAUUUGGAAUGCACAAUAAGUCGGAGGUAUGAAAAAGUAGGCCCAAAAGGCAAAUGGUUUGCCGAAAAAGUAUUUUUGUAUUGCAUCCAAAAACCACAAUCUCUGCAGCAAAUCUUACUGUCUUAUAGUUGUCAUCCAGGCAAUAUCUCAAGACAUUCCUCAGUUACAAAAAUUAGUUGCAUGUGUUUAUAUAAUUUUAUAUGCCAAUAUAUUGGUAUGACAAUAAAUGAACAUAUUUUUUACAU